AUGCAUACACAUUCAUAUAGGCAUGGAAAUACUGAUAACCAUUCUCCUACUAGUACACAAGAAAUUAUAAUAACACUUUUUUCCGGACAUGCUAUAUUUUGUGAUAUCAUUAUUUCUCAAGAAGAAGAUAACCAAGAAGAUCGUGAUACCCAAGUUUCUCAAGAUCAAAAAGAAGAAAAAAGAUAUGAAAUUGAAGAAGAUAAAAAGGGUGAAGAGGAAGAUGAAGAGUAUGAAGAGUAUGAAGAGGAUGAAGGAAGAUACACAACUACUACAACCACUAAUGAUAAUAAAAGAUUCAUAAUUGAUAAUGGUCACCAAUAUGGUAAUACAAAAUUACAAACACCAAGUAUAGAUUCUGCAAUUGAUCCAAAGAAGCGUAAACUUGACAAUUUUGAACCAAAAGAUGAGAAAGAAGAGAUUGAAGAUGAAGAAAUUAAUUUCAGUUCAUUUACAGAAAGAGAAACUCAACUUUUAAAAAAAUCAGAAAAGGCAAGAGAGUUGAAUUACAAAUAA